GUUAGUUUAGUUAUUUCCCAGAAUGCACGGAUUAGUGGCAUUGGUGGCCUGCCUGGCUGUGGGCACUGCCUGGGCUGGCACUGUCAGCGUCGCUCCCAAUCCAUUCGCGCGAGAGGGUCGCAUUGUGGGCGGCGAGGACACCACCAUACGGGCCCAUCCCUAUCAGGUGUCGCUGCAGACAAAGCGCGGCUCCCACUUCUGUGGCGGCAGCUUGAUCGACAAGAACACCGUGGUGACGGCGGCUCAUUGUCUGCAGGGCCGCAAGGCGUCCAAGGUCUAUGUCCGCCUGGGCUCCACGCUGUACAAUGAGGGGGGACUGGUGGUGGCGGUCCGGGAGCUGGCCUACAACGAGAAAUACAGCUCCAGCACCAUGGAGUUUGAUGUGGGAAUCUUGAAGCUGGUCGAGGACGUUGAGGAGACCGAAGAUAUCCGCUACAUAGAACUGGCCAAAGAGACGCCAGCCACGGGCACGCCGGCGAUUGUCACUGGAUGGGGUUCCAAGUGCUACUUCUGGUGCAUGACCUUGCCGAAGGUACUCCAGGCGGUGGUCGUAUUUAUCGUGGACUGGACGGUGUGUGCCUCGGAUGCGUACAAGUACGGCGACAUCAUCUACGACUCCAUGGUAUGUGCCUACGAGCAGAAGAAGGAUGCCUGCCAGGGCGACUCCGGUGGUCCGCUGGUGGCCGAGAACAGGCUCGUGGGCAUCGUGUCCUGGGGCUAUGGCUGUGCCUCGAAUCUGUUGCCCGGCGUCUAUGCCGAUGUAGCCACUUUGCGUGCUUGGAUCGUUGAGACUGCCAAGAAUUUGUAGAUAUUUCAUUUGUUGUUCGCACUAUGUAUACUUUCAGGGGUUGCAGCGAAUUCUAUUCCAGUAAGAGAUUAAAAAUCAGCCAGAAAGCUCCCCGAA